CUCCCUUCCCAAACUCGACGUUCCGCACUGUAAUCCCUCUUCAUUUUCCUUUCCUACUAACUAAAGAUGGCUGAUCGUGGAACUGGAACUGGCGCUGGAGGCGAAGGCAGGGGCAGGGGUGGAUUUGGCCGUGGUGGGCGUGGGCGUGGUGGUCCCCGUGGCCGGGGCGGCAGGGGGCGUGGUGGACGCAAGGACGAGGAGAAGGAGUGGGCGCCCGUUACCAAGCUGGGCCGUCUUGUGAAGGAUGGGAAGAUCAAGAGCAUCGAGGAGAUCUACCUGUACUCUCUGCCGAUCAAGGAGUACCAGAUUGUUGACAUCUUCCUCCCCCGGCUCAAGGACGAAGUGAUGAAGAUCAUGCCCGUGCAGAAGCAGACGCGUGCCGGUCAGCGCACCCGCUUCAAGGCGUUCGUCGCUAUUGGCGACAGCGAUGGGCACGUCGGGCUCGGUGUCAAGUGCGCAAAGGAAGUCGCCACCGCUAUCCGUGGAGCCAUCAUCCUUGCCAAGCUCUCUGUCGUCCCUGUGCGGAGAGGGUACUGGGGUGCCCAUCUCGGUGAACCCCAUACCGUGCCUAGCAAGGUUUCUGGCAAGGUCGGCUCCGUCAUGUGCCGUCUUAUUCCCGCACCCCGUGGUACCGGUAUCGUCGCUGCGCCUGCAAGCAAGCGCCUGCUCCAGCUCGCUGGUGUCCAGGAUGUAUACACGCAGUCCAAGGGUUCCACCGCCACGAUGGGUAACUUCUUGAAAGCAACGUUCGCUGCUAUCACGAAGACGUACGCGUUUGUUACGCCGGAUCUCUGGCCCGAGUCACAGCUUACGAAGACGCCGUUCGAUAUGCACUCUGCUCAUCUGCAGCUCACUGCUAAGCGGGUUGGGUACUAGGCUUCUGUUUUCUCUUUGUUCUUGUGCAUGUGUGUGGGCGAGGCGAUUAUGUAACCCCAUGUUAUAUGUCGCUGUUCAAAAUAUGAGUGGCUGAUUAUUUCGG